AUGUAUGAAUCGUAUCGACCGCAUCCCCUUCUCGCCCAAGUCCCUUUAACCGUCUCUCCCUUUAUCAAUCUUCCCUCUUCGGUCACACUUCCCUACACAUAUAAAUCGGUCCCUUCUACCCUGCCCCCAUCGGUGACAGUCGACCCUAGUAAUCCAGACGCCAAAGCACGUUAUGUCGUCUCCUCGAGUGGCGAGCACGCAGCGCAUCCAGACGAGAUCCUGGCGUCAUGCCAGACCCUUGAACAACAUUUAAAGAAAACCCGAAACGACAAUGCAGAUGCCAUUAAGAAGUGGGAAGAGUCACUCUCUCAACGGGAUUUGGCGGAGAAGCGACGUGUUGCGCCUGGGUGGCUAGAUCGUGAUGAGAAGCUACUCCAACCCAGCAAAGCAAUGUCGCCUUCCAUGUCUCAAGGACAAGCAGAGCAGAGCCUGCUGGACAGCUCUUCUACAGAUCAAAACUCGACCAACCUUCCGUCAAUGAAACCUCAUGAUGAGGGCGAGGAGCUGGAUAGAGCAUUUGGUGGGCUAGAUGUGAAAUGA